ACACUCUUGCCGCACCGGGCGGAACCAACAGUUGGGCAGCAACGGUCGGGUGAGGUGAGGCGAGAGUGGGGAGGGCGUGAAGAGACUGGCCUGCUAAGUCCUGGUUCAAGGAUUUCAAUAACACAGGCAGGCAAGUGAGGUAGGUAGUGUACUAGGUAGGUAAGGUAGUUAGGUAACGUUAUCCGGCAGGCCGGCAAGCAGUGUCGUGCAAGGACGGGGCGGCUCCUUGUCUCCUGUGGUGGUAUGUACGGCGUAUAGUUAUAGAGGCGCGCGUAUCAGAUUACACGCACAACCUGGGAGCUGGGUAGCUGGGGAGCUGGGAGCUGUAUCUGGCGUGUGCGAGACCAGCCGAGCGCUGCAACAAGGUUCCCAAGUUCCAACACGGACCGGCCGCAAAAGACGGUCAACGGGGGCAAAGGUGAGGGAGGGGUCCGAUCAAUUGUUUGGAGCCCUUCUUCGAAAAGUGAAUGGAAGAAAGGGAAGAAAAAAACAAAAUUGUGAGCUCCAGACUCCAGUCAUCAACCCUGUCAAGCACGUCUCAAGGACCCUGGGCUGUACCAGGGUGUUGGAGAGCUAAGGUAGGAGUGGGUUCGAAGUGGUCAAACGGGUGGGUCAGGAUUGCUUUGCUCGGUCCGGAGUCUCCCCUCAUCAACUCUCGCUCGGUCUUCCUCCUUUUCAACGAGGAAAGCGGGAUUCUGGCUAGCAACCUAGGAGCGCUAGUUAGCACACACACCCACGCACACAGUUGCUCGAUAUUCUCGGCGAAUGGGCUGUCUGAUAAUUCACUUAAGGGGACGGUUGCCUCGACACGACGUGAAGAGGUCUUGGGGGACUGUUGGUUGGUUUGCUUUUUGAAGCUGUUGUCUAAUUCGCCUUUUCCUGGUUGCCCGUUUUUGUGCCGCGUAGUCCGUUUGGUUUGCUCGGGCGAGAGAAAAAGAGCCGGCAAGGUGCCGAAGGUAAGCUACAUGCACUAUAUACAUACCUACGUUAACGAAACGGUUGCAGGUUCCUUACAAACGAUCAGGUCGCAGUCCGCGACUGCCUGGCCUAACCAACACCCAAUGACGGUGCUCGAGGUAGAGACGCACUGCGACAGAUCUAAGUGGUCUGUAUGUGUCGCACAGAAUGAGGUCAGUUUGAUCUCUGAAGUUAGUUAUUUCCAUCGCCUGCAACCGACGAGGCGGCGGAGAAACGCGCUCAGUGUGCGAUCCAAUGCUCGACCCCAAGCCGUGCUGGUGUGGCGCCCAGGUCAAGCUGACAAUGGUGAAUGCAUGGUCUUGGCCAAGACAGACUCGGAUCAACGCAACGAGCGUGUGCAACGUCGUGAUGUGGGGUAGAAACGCGACGCUCGAGUGCCUUCGAGUGAGCAAGUGCGCUAUCGCCAAGCGGCAAACGCUUACUGUGGGGAAGUCGGACCUAGUCUUGUCUACAAAUCCGCCUUUUCUUACUUUUGCAUGUCUGAUGGGUGAGCAAAUGUGACAGCUCGGCUGAUGAAUCCAAUGCACAAGACCACGGCUACAUCAACCAUACGGCACGCUACAUAGGUCAUAUGUGAGUACGAAGUACCCGAGGAUAACGUGAGCAUUGACUGGCACCGUGGACCGCCAUGGAGCGACAGCACGCCAGCCCAUGCAACCCCAACUUUUGUGCCCAC